UCAGCGCCCGGCGGCGGCGGUCACCCGGCGGGACGAGGGCUCCGCGCCGCCGCUCCUCCUCACGGCUUUCCCCGCCCUGUCGUGCCCCGCCAUGCUCUCCCGUCUCGUCCUGCGCGCCGCCCCCGCCGCGCUGAGGGCGCUGCCGCCGCCCGUCGCCGUGGGGGUGUUACACACUACAAGACCACUGCACACAACCCAGCAGAGCUUGGCGCCUGUGCCACCUCUGCCUGAGAAGGGAGGAGAAGUUCGUCAUGGUUUGAUCCCCGAGGAGUUUUUCCAGUUCCUCUACCCUAAAACAGGAGUUACAGGACCCUACAUGUUGGGUACUGGCCUCCUGCUCUACCUUCUUUCCAAGGAGAUUUAUGUCGUUAACCACGAGACAGCAGCAGCUGCCUGCAUACUGACAGUCAUCGUUUAUGGCAUCAAGAAGUUCGGGCCUGAUGUCGCAGCUUUUGCUGACAAACUUAACGAGGAGAAAAUGGCCACAGCGUUGGCCAUGAAGAACGACUCCAUACAGGCGCUGCAGACGGCCAUCGAGGAGGAGAAGAAGGAGCAGUGGAGGGCGGAAGGCCGCAGUUACCUCUUCGAAGCCAAGCGGAACAACAUUGCGAUGCUGCUGGAAGCCAACUACCGGGAGCGCUUACUGAUGGUGUACAACGAGGUGAAGAAGAGGCUGGACUACCAGGUGGCCAUGCAGAACCUGAAGUGGCAGAAGGAGCAGGACCACAUGAUCCAGUGGGUGGAGAAGAACGUUGUUCAGAGCAUCACACCUCAGCAGCAGAAGGAAAGCAUUGCCAAGUGCAUCCUGGACCUGAAGGCGCUGUCCAAGAGCGCCCACGCAGCAGUCUGAGCCCGCUGACAUGUCCCAAUACCUCCUGUUGGAAACUGUAUGCCUCUAAAAUAUCAUUAAACAGACAAAAAAAACUCCCUCUGCUGUCUUUCA